AUGGUAGAUAGUGAUCAACAUGAAAGAUUGAUGGUUAUGCCUUCCAAUGAAGAAGUAAAGAGAGCAGUUAUGGGGUUGAAUGGGGACUCAGCAGGUGGACCAGAUGGCUUCACUGGAGCCUUUUAUCAAACAUGCUGGGAAAUCAUUGAAGAAGAUGUAGUAGGCAUGGUCAAGGCUUUCUUUUGCGGUCAGCAAUUGCCAAAGAGUGUGACACACACAAACCUGGUUUUAUUACCAAAGAAAAAAGAAGUUAUGACCUUUGCAGACAUGAGACCAAUCAGUCUAAGAAACUUUGUUAACAAGAUUUUCUCGAAGGUUAUUCAUGAAAGGUUGGUUGAAUUUUUACCAAACUUAAUCUCACAGGAACAGGCAGGUUUUGUGAAGGGAAGAAGUAUAGUUGAGAAUGUACUGUUAACUCAAGAAAUCAUUACGGAUAUCAGGUUAAGAACAAAAGCAGGCCCAAAUGUUGUGAUUAAGCUCGACAUGACAAAAGCUUAUGAUAGACUAUCAUGGCUAUUCCUGACCAAAAUGCUAAGGAAGAUGGGAUUUCCUGAAGCGUUUAUUGGAUUGAUCUUUGAUUUGAUUGGGAAUAAUUGGUAUUCUAUUCUUAUAAAUGGUCAACCAAAUCGUUUCUUCAAAUCAUCGAGGGGAUUUAAGCAGGGUGACCCUUUAUCGCCAACCCUAUUCAUUCUAGCAGCAGAAGCACUAUCUCGAGGAUUGAAUUCACUACACACUAACCUGUAUUUCUUUGGAUUUGGAAUGCCAAAAUGGAGCCCAAAAAUAAAUCAUCUCUCAUACGCUGAUGAUACAAUCAUUUUCUCCUCAUCUGAUGAAACUUCACUGAGACUUGUCAUGGAGGUUUUGCAAGCUUAUGAAUCAUCGUCUGGUCAACUGGUGAACAAAGCCAAAUCUGCCAUAUACCUGCAUCAUUUAACGGAUAAUGAGGUGAUUAACAAGGUUAAAAGGAUUACAGGUAUAGGAAGACAAUGUUUCCCUAUGACCUAUCUUGGUUGCCCUAUGUUUUAUGCAAGAAGAAGGAGUGACUACUACCAGGGAUUAAUCACUAAGGUCAUGGACAAAUUGCAGUCGUGGAAAGGCAAACUCCUAUCUGUAGGAGGCAUAGCUGUAUUGAUCGCAAAUGUCAUGCAGAGUAUCCCAAUUCAUAUGUUGUCAGCAGUUAAUCCACCAAUUUAUGUGAUCAAUAAAUUACAUAGCAUUUUUGCCAAAUUCUUCUGGAGCAGCAAUGUGGGAGGCAACUCUAGACAUUGGUCAUCGUGGACUAACCUUUGUAUGCCUUAUGAGGAGGGAGGCAUAGGCUUCAGGUCCCUACAUGAUGUAUCCAAGGCACUAUUCUGUAAAUUGUGGUGGAAUUUCAGGACAAAGCCCAGUUUAUGGAGUGCAUUUAUUAGUCAAAAGUACUGCAAGAAACUAAAUCCAGUAAUUGUACCUUGGAAGCGUGGAUCCCACGUGUGGAGAAAAAUGCUAGAAUGUAGGGACUUGAUUGAGCAUCAAAUCUACUGGAAACCGAGAAUGGGAUCUGCUCAAUUCUGGUUCGACAAUUGGACUGAGUUGGGAGCCUUAUAUUUCCAAGUGCUUGCAGAGUUUGGUAUCGAUGAGGAUAUUCACAAUGUCAAUGAUCUGGUUGAAAAUGGUAUGUGGAACUUGGAAAAAUUAUAUCAGACUCUACCUGAAGAUUUGGCAAACCACAUUGUGCAGAAUAUUAGACCACCCAUCGAAUGUGCAGAGUUAGAUACACCAUUCUGGAUGCUUGAAACAAGAGCUAGGAAUGUUUGGAGUUACUUCCUGAGGAGAGCAGGAAUUGCAUUACAAGGGUUGUCAUUACAACAAGAAAUUACAAAGUGUUGGACAGCACCAGUUAUUCCCAGAUUGAAGCCUAUCAUGCAAGCACUGCCAGCGUGUAUUGUUUGGGAGCUAUGGAAAAGGAGGAAUUCACUGAAAUAUGGGGAUGUUGUAUCUAUCAACAGGGUAAUUUAUCAAGUUUCAUCCACAAUUCAAUAUCUAGUGAAAAUCAGGAAACCAGGCAUUUACGUACCUCAUAAAUGGAAAGACUUACUGCAUACUUUAGAGAAUUAUGUUCCUAAGUUGAGGUGGGAAAAGGUGUUAUGGGAGCAGCCAAGUAAUGGUUGGAUCAAAGCCAAUACGGAUGGGGCAUCAAGAGGGAAUCCUGGCAGGAGUGCAAUUGGGAUAGUUCUCAGGGAUGAAUUUGAAGAUAUCAGUUAUGCAACAGGAAGAGAAAUAAAGGAGGGAUCUAAUAAUGAAGCAGAGGCGACAGCAUUAGUAGAGGCAAUGAGAAUGUGUAGAGCAAUGAACUUCAACAACAUUUGGCUACAGACAGACUCAUUGAUGCUUAAAAACAUUAUAGAUGGACUGUGGAAACCACCUUGGAAUAUUGUGGAUGCAGUAGAGGAAAUCAACAGUCUCAAAGAGGGGUGUAAUUUCAAAAUAUCCCAUAUAUUUAGAGAGGGAAACAAACUAGCAGAUCACCUUGCAAACUAUGCUCUUGACAGUGGUAACAUCGAGAGUUUUGAUUUCUGGGAACUUGAUGUAUCAAGCAGGAGGAUGGAUCAGCUUAAAAAUUUGAGCGUGACAUUGUUUUCACAACACCAUAUGCACCAGCAUCACUCGAGAGAAUCAAAAAGCAAUGGUCACAGCUUUUUGCACUACACGCUUGUCUUCAUUGGCAUCUCUGAGCGUAAUCCAAGAAAGGUGGUGUAUGUUGGAGGCUGUGAGCACAAUGUCACAUGGGAGAGGUCAGUCUGGAAAAAGGUCAUAGGCAUCAGUGAGAGAGUUAGUGCUAAUUCAAUUGAAGAGAACAGUUACGAUCAGUUGUUGCAGCAGCACGUAUUUUGGCGAGCUUUUGCUUGGUAUGAUGCAAAAGAGACAAGCCACGAUAAAGUUCAAAAGCAUACCUUUCAUUGA